AAUUCAAGGACAACUCCUUAUAUAUAAUCAUUUUCAAGAAAUUUUCGAUAUUAAUUUCGAUAAAAUUUAUCAUAUCUUAUUUUUUGUAAUUAAACCUUUUUUUAUCAUCUUAAAAAAUAUAAGUUUUUAAACUUUAACUCAAUAAAGAUUCCUUUAAAAAAAAUUUAAAGGAUUUAUUAAUAUUUUCUUUAAAAUUUUUAUUUUAUUUUAAAAGAUAGAGACCUUCAACUCUAUCAGAAAUUUCCAUUGAAAAAAAGAAACAAUUGAUUGCUUAUUUCAAUUCAAUUCAAAUUAUUAUUAUUAUUAUUAUUACUAUUAUGCAAUGAAUAUACUGAAAUUUAUGAACGUUAAGAAUGAAAGUUAAUUAUGUCAUUUAUUUUUAUGAUGAAAUAUUGGUUUUUCGCUCCUCUCGAUAAGUACUAUAAUCCCUCAAAGUUAAAAUAUUUCUUCGAAGAAUCUUUUUAUCGUCUUUUUUAUACCAGAAGCAUAAAUUCAAUAAUUGUUUAACUUUAUACUUUAAAUGUACAAUAUAAUAAUGCAAUUAUUCAGAUUAAUAUUCUUGAGAUGACAAUAUUUGCUUCAAAAUCCACUUUAAAAUAUACUGACUAUAAAAUAUUGUAAAAUGUUUUAUCAUUGUGAAAUAAAAUAUAAGUAUAAAAAAAACAAAGUUUCUCCUAAUUCUUAAACAUUUACAUUAGGGGAAAAGAUAUAUACUUAUUUAUCUACUUACAAGAUAAUUAGGGGAAAGGGAACGAUAUAUACUUAGUUAUCUGCCUAAGAGAUAAUUUCGUUAUAUUCCACAUAAAAAACAAGAAGAGGGAGAAACUUAUGUAUAUAUAUAUAUGUAUAUAUAAAGUUUUGUCAUGUUACAUUCGUCAAACGUUAUUUGAAUAUUGAAGAAAAUAGUACAGGGAGGAAUUUGUUUAAAGUAUUUUUAGAUUAAUUCUAGUUGAAUAAAUACACGGAAACAUGGAAUCGUGUGCGAGGGGGACUUGCUCCUCGGCGUUGCAAUCAUCGCCAGCUUCCGUUUUCACUAUGCUGAUACAAACGUUAAUCGCAUCCCGUUGCGGAUUAAGCAAUACGGACAAAUAUCCCAGAAGUAACGAAGAGGAAAUUUUAAAUUCGGGAAUGGAGUUCGAUUUUGUGAUCGUUGGUGGUGGAAGCGCGGGAUCUAUUUUGGCUCGCAGAUUAACGGAAGUGGAGGAUUGGAACGUUUUGUUAAUCGAAAGAGGAGUGGAUCCCUUACCUGAAACCGUACCACCUGGCCUGUUCAACAGCAACUUGGGUGGACCGCAAGAUUAUUAUUACGCGAUCGAGCCACAAGAAGGCAUCUGUCUGAGUGUCAAAAACAAACGAUGUAAAUGGUCGAGGGGUAAAGCACUUGGGGGAAGCUCGGUGAUCAACGGGAUGAUACACAUCUUCGGGAAUCGAAGGGACUUCGACGGUUGGGCGAGUCAGGGAAAUCCUGGAUGGAACUUCGAGGAAGUACUCCCUUACUUCAGAAAGUCCAUAAGCUGCUCGCCCGAAUACAUAGCCGAACACGGUGACAAGUAUUGCGGGACGGACGGUCCCCUCAGAGUCAGAUAUUACAAUUACACCGUGACAGACUUCGAGGAUGUAAUUCUGGAAGCGGCACAAGAAGCGGGCCAUCCCAUUCUCAAAGCUGUGAACGGUGAUCGUUACCUGGGAUUCGGAAGAGUGUUGGGCACCCUCGACGAAGGAAGGCGACAAAGUUGCUCGAAAGCUUUCCUAAGUCCCGUCAGAAACAGGAAGAACUUGCACGUGAUAACGUCGACCAGAGCGGACAAGAUUCUGUUCGAGGGUAAACGCGCUGUCGGCGUUCAAAUCACUUUGAGCAAUAACAAAUCGGUGAAAGUGAGAGCGACGAAGGAAGUGAUCCUCUCGACCGGGACUAUGGUGAGUCCGCAGUUACUGAUGCUCUCGGGUAUCGGGCCGAAAGAGCACUUGAACAAAUUGGGUAUACCCGUUCUGGUCGAUUUGCCCGUUGGAAAGAAUCUUCAAGAUCACGUGAUAUGGUUCGGCCUGUAUUACUCUAUCGUGAACGAUUCGGUGACGUCCGCCCCCACCGAGAAGGAUCAAUUGGACUCCGCUUACGAGUAUUUGGAAUUCGAUACCGGCCCGUUGACCACCCUCGCCAACGACCUCGUCGCGUUCAUCAAUCCUAUCGAUCCUAAAUCCAUAUAUCCGGAAGUGCAAUUAUUGUUCUCCCAAGUUCAACGUUACGACAAGAACGGGUUGAACAGUUUGUUGCAUUCUUACGACGUGAAUGAUGAAAUUUUACAAAUAAUGACGGACGAGAUCAUGAAGAGUAGCUUGAUCACCGCUUACGCCUCGUUAAUGAGACCGUCGAGUCGAGGGGUGAUCGAAUUGCGUAGCGCCGAUCCAGCCGAGCGGGUAAAGAUUUACUCGAAUUAUUUCACGGUGGCGGACGAUUGGAAGAGAUUGAUGAAAGCCGUGCCAACGUUGAAGAGUUUAUUGAACACGACGAUCUUGCAGAAGUAUAAAGCCAAGUUCCACACCUACGAUAUUCCCCAAUGUCGCAACAUAACCGCCGAUACAGAGGAAUAUUACGAAUGCAACAUUAGACACGCCACUGGCACGAAUUAUCACGCGUGUUGCUCGAACAGAAUGGGGCCAGCCAAUGAUUCCAGAACGGUUGUGGACGCCAGAUUGAGGGUCCACGGAGUGACGAAUUUACGUGUUAUCGAUUCGUCGAUCAUGCCGAACAUCACCAGCGCAAAUAUACAUGCGCCUACCAUGAUGAUCGCUGAGAAGGGAGCGGAUUUGAUUAAACAGGAUUGGGGGAUACGAGUAUGAAGGAUUCUAUUACAUACGAUGCAUUUCGUAAUACAUAUAUAUAUAUAUAUAUAUAUAUAUGUAUAUCUAUAUCUGGCUUCUCACAAAAUAUAUAGCAAAGAAAAUAUUGAUAAUAAUAUCGUAAAUCUAUAACUAAUGAAGGAAUUAUAAUAUCUACAAUGUAAUUAAAUAAAUUACAAUAUAAAAAUAG